CUAAACCACCAACUGGAAAAUGGCAGUUCAAGCUCAGACACUACUUGUGCUCUGAGAAACCUCUCCCUCUUCCUCACAGAAUUCUCCAUUCAUGGAGUCACUCAACACGUUCACCAAUCUUCUGAACCAACCUUUACCCAGAAGAGUUCCACUUAAACCCUUCCGAAUUCACCACCACCCCAAGACCACCCGGAGAAACCUCUCUUCCCCCAUUUCCUGCAAGCUGAAAUCCUCUCAAAAAGACACCACCAAAAGCAGCACAAAGCUCAUCUCCAAGAAAAUCCUGCUCUCUGAGAAUAUGCCUCCUCCUCUGGCUGAGAAAGGAGAUGGUGUUGAAGCGGAGAAAUCAUCUGAGAAUGAUAAAAAUGGGGUCAGGGGGUUGUGGUUGAAGAGGUUGCCCAGAAGGGUUUUGUCUGUCUUGUCUAACUUGCCUUUGGCAAUUGGAGAAAUGGCCACUGUGGCUGCACUCAUGGCUCUUGGCACUGUCAUUGAUCAAGGAGAGGCUCCUGAUUUUUAUUUCCAGAGAUACCCCGAAGACAAUCCUGCUUUGGGAUUCUUUACUUGGAGAUGGGUUCUCACACUCGGUUUUGACCACAUGUACUCGUCCCCUAUUUUUCUCGGGACUUUGGUUCUUCUGGGCGCUUCACUCAUGGCCUGCACUUACACAACGCAAAUUCCGCUCGUCAAGGUUGCAAGGAGGUGGAAUUUUUUGCAAUCCACUGAGGCCAUUCGAAAGCAGGACUUUUCGGAGAGGCUGUCUAGAGCAUCAGUGCGAGAUUUGGGCGUCAUUUUGAUGGGCUCUGGAUAUGAGGUUUUUCUUAAAGGACCAUCACUAUAUGCUUUCAAGGGCUUGGCGGGCCGCUUUGCUCCUAUUGGUGUGCACUUGGCGAUGCUGCUGAUAAUGGCAGGCGGAACCCUUAGUGCUACAGGAAGCUUCAAAGGUUCAGUUACUGUCCCUCAGGGGCUAAAUUUCAUUGUUGGAGAUGUAUUGGGACCUACUGGUUUUCUCUCUAAUCCCUCUGAAGCGUUUAACACUGAAGUUCAUGUCAACAGAUUCUACAUGGACUUCUAUGAUAGUGGAGAGGUAUCACAGUUUCACACUGAUUUGUCGUUGUUCGACCUUGGUGGAAAGGAGGUUAUGAGAAAAACAAUUAGUGUAAAUGACCCUUUGAGAUAUGGUGGAUUCACAAUAUACCAGACAGAUUGGAGUUUUGCUGCUCUACAAGUGCUUAAGGACGGUGAAGGGCCCUUCAAUUUGCCCAUGGCACCUCUGAAGAUCAACGGAGACAAGAAGCUGUUCGGGACAUUCUUGCCGGUCGGUGACACGGAUGCCUCUAGCUUGAAAGGAAUAUCAAUGCUUGCUCGUGAUCUGCAAUCAAUUAUCCUUUAUGAUCAAGAUGGUAAAUUCGCUGGAGUACGGCGGCCUAACUCUAUGCUUCCAAUUGACAUCGGGGGCACGAAAGUUGUUAUUGUUGAUGCCAUAGGCAGUACUGGUCUUAACUUGAAGACCGACCCUGGGGUGCCAAUUGUAUAUGCUGGGUUUGGUGCUCUUAUGCUCACGACGUGCAUCAGUUAUUUAUCUCAUACCCAGGUUUGGGCCUUGCAAGAUGGAACAGCAGUGGUUGUCGGAGGAAAGACAAACCGGGCAAAAGCCGAAUUUCCCGAGGAAAUGAAUCGAUUGCUUGAUCAUGUCCCGGAAAUAGUUGGGCAAUCUGCUUCUGAGCAUUCUGAAGACCAUGGUGGGUAGAUACUGACCCACCACUUGAAAGGAUAAAAAAUUCAACCAUAUGCUAGGGUGAAGCUCCAGCUCAUUGAACCUGAGAGACCGUUCUCCAACUGCAUAUGUUUGUUUGUAAAAACAGAAUACGCAGUCCUCAUGAAUUCAAGUUCGUCGGGUCACUCGCACAUCUCAGGUAUCGUUGAUGCGCUUUAUCCCGAUAUAGAGGUUGCGCCAAAGUGGAAAGUUUUCUGGUUUUGUGUCCUGAUGUUCAGAGAGAGAAUAGCAUGGAUCGAGAUUUUGAAGACCAACUUCGUCACACUUGCUACAACUGAAUUGUACUUAUUGUAACAGUAAACAAUCAUACAUAUAUAAACAUUCAUUCUUGCUCUUCAUAUGUUUAGUUUCUCUAUAUCUCUGGUUUGAGGAACUAAUGAUAAAGUCCCAUUUUUCGAAGGCAUAAUUUCUUUUCCAGGUAAAAAGAAAUUCAUGUAAGAUUUUCUGACUGAUCAUAAUAGAUGUUUUUAGUUUAA